UCGCCACCAGAAAGAUGAUGAAUAUAUCCAAUCAUAUCUUCCACCGCCGAACAUCUAUAACAAAAAUGGCGGUGCAAAAUGGGAUCCGUUUGUCUCCUUUUCAAGGUUCCACAGGGAUUGGAUUCCCAGCGCCUUCGUGGCGGAUAAACAUUGCGACAGAGCCAUGGUGGAGUUCGAUCAUCUUCUCCCGAUACCCAAAUCAAAUCCCUGCUAUAAAUUCCUGGAAAUGGGUAGAAUCCAUCACAAAUCAACUUACUCAAACUGGGAAUUCCAGCUUAACUUAAUCUUCCCAGAUUUCGAUGAGUAACUAUGGAGGCGGGAACGAGAGCAGCCAUGUUUCCGUCGGACCUUGGGGAGGCGGAGCCGGAGCAAGGUGGGAUGACGGCGUUUACUCUGCUGUGAGACAAGUGAUCAUCUUCCUUGGAGCCGCCAUUGAUUCCAUUCAGAUCGAGUAUGACCAAAACGGUACCUCCGUUUGGUCUGAGAAGCACGGUGGCACUGGCGGGAUCAAGACGAAUAAGAUCAAGCUUGAAUCACCCGACGAGUACCUUGUGUCGAUCAGUGGCCACUACGGCGGCUUGGUCGAGUCAGGCCCACCACUUGUUCGAUCAAUUGUCUUGCAGAGCAACAGGAGAAAGUAUGGGCCUUUCGGUAUUCAGCAUGGAACCCAUUUCUCAGUUCCAGUAGCCGGUGCUAAAGUGGUGGGUUUCCAUGGUCGGAGCAGUUGGUACCUUGACUCCAUCGGUGUCCACUUAAAGCAAUUUCUACCACGGAAUCCGUUGAACAAACCCGAGUUUGAAGCUCAGGCUUCCAACAACAAGAAGACGGCUCCAGUUAUCAAUGUAACUGUCAAGGCGAAGCAGGCUGUGACUUAUGGGCCGUGGGGUGGGAGUGGGGGAGACAUUUUUGACGAUGGAGUUUAUGCAGGCGUUCGUGAAGUUCAUUUGACUCGUACUAAGGGCCUUGUUUCGAUUCGGGUUUGUUAUGAUCUGAAUGGAAAUGCAGUUUGGGGAGAGAAGAAUGGUGGAACUGGAGGAAUCAGAUUGGAUAGGAUAGCUUUCGAUUACCCAUCAGAAGUCUUGACCCACAUCACAGGAUACUGCAGACCAACGAUCCUUCGAGGGCCAAUAAUUGUCAGGUCAAUCACUUUCCACACCAACAGAAGGAAGUAUGGACCGUUUGGCGAUGAGCAGGGAACCUCCUUUUCCUCUGGCUCUAAAAAUGGGAAGAUUGUUGGAUUCCAUGGUAGGAGUGGUGGACCGUUUGUCGACAGCAUUGGAGUUAAUGUCAUGGAAGGAAUCAGAGAAGUUAAGUUUCAACAGCAAGCUAACCCUGCUGCUCUUAUGGUUAGAGAACCUUCCUAUGCUCCAAUAAUUGCUAAAGAACCUCGCUCCCCGCGUCUUUAUAAUGAUUCCUUCGAUAUGAUGAGAGAAGUCAAGUUCCAGCAAGAAGCUAACCCUGCUGUUAUGAUGGUUAGAGAACCUUCUUAUGCUCCACCAGUGAUUAUUGAAGAACCUUACUCACGCCAUCCUGCCUGCGAUGAUUUCUUCAAUGGGAUGAGAGAAAUGAGGUUCGCACAUGAAGCUAAGCCUAUUACGGUUAGAGAAGCUUACCCUGCAGCCGGAUUGACUUCAGCUUCAUGGAGAUCAGGGUUAUGGGGUGGCGAGAGAGGGCAGCCGUGGGAUGAUGGGAUAUUCUAUGGAGUGAAGAAGAUUUUUCUGACGAGAGGAGAAGCUAUCUGUUGCAUACAAUUUGAGUACGAUGGCAAGGGUGGACAAUCUGUUUGGUCAGCUAGGCAUGGAGGUGGCAGCGAAGUCAACACUCACUCUAUCAACUUCGAAUACCCACAAGAGGUCCUAACAGCUGUCUCCGGCUACCAUGGCUCCCUGACCGGCGGUGACAGGAGCGACGUCAUGAAGUCUCUGACUUUCCACACCAACAAAGGGAAGUAUGGGCCGUACGGGGAAGAAAGGGGAGCAUUCUUCACAUCUACUGCUGAGGGUGAAGGAAGGAUUGUUGGGUUCCAUGGAAGAAGUGGAUGUUACUUGAACGCUCUGGGAAUUCACAUGCAGCAGCAGCAGCAACAACAACAACAACAACAACCAGUUUUCUACCGUGGUUUGGAGUCAUCGAUGGUCGGAGAUCGAGUAGUCAGCAGGCACGUUAAGACGGUAGCAACAAAACUGAUCAAGUCAAGCCACAUGUUCAGCACCUAAUGAACUAGAAACUUGGGAUGAUGUCUUUCGUUAUGUAUCCUCGGUUGGGUUUGUUGGUUAACGGUCCAAGGGUUCAAUACUAGUUACUACCCUUUAUGAACAAGAAAUAAGGUGACAUAAAUGGUAUUAAACGAUAUCACUAUCUUGAUAAGGAAUAAGAACUCGUACACUUAUUUGGCAGGGAAGAAGAGACGAACAUAUCACUAUCUUGAUAAGGAAUAAGAACUCGUACAUUAU